GCAACACUUGUAGACUUGUAUUAUUGCAUUGUGAAAUACAUAACCUAGAUUUAAACGUAUGCGUGCGGUAGUUCAUAAAAUUUUUUCCAUGCUUUUUUAGGUGUUCAUACAUAUUUUUCAUAAUUCAUUUUUAUAAAUAAUUUAAAAAUAUUCUUAUUUUAAGUAUUAUUCGUAAUGGGUAAAGCAAAAAAGGGUAAAAGAAAUGUCAACGAUGGCGACGUCGAUAGUGAAACGGAAAAUAUUGAUUCAGCUAUUAUUAAUGAAAAUCAAACUAAAGAAAAAUUAAAAAGCGAUAAAAUAAAUAACGAUGAUAAAAAAUCGAAGAAAAAUAAAAACAAAAAUAAUGAAGACGAUGAUAUCGAUGAAAUUACUAGAAAUAUCGAAGAUAUUGACAUAUCGAAAAAGAAAAAGGGUAAAACUGCCACUAAAAAACAGGAUUCCGAUGAUGAAGCUGAUGAUAUAAAGACUAGUAAAACGAAAUCGAAAACGAAAAAAGGCAAAAAACAACUGUCGGACGAUGAAGACGAUUUAGAUACGGCACCUGUAAAAUCGAAUAAGGGUAAGGCAAAAGGUGGUUUUGAUGUUUUGGAAGUGGAAGAUGGUAUAGACGCAAAAUCAGAUUCAGAUAACGAAGAUUCUAAGAAAAGUAAUAAGAAAAAUGAACCAGAAUCGAAGAAAGAAGCUGGUGGUAAAAAGGGUAAGAAAAAAAAGAGGCGCGAUGACAGUGAUGAUGAAGACAUUGAAAAAGUAUUGGCUGAAUUAGCAUUAGAAUAUUCAGGUGGUAAAAAAGAUGUUGAGCCUACCCCUGAGCGUGAAGAAGUAGAAGAAGUGACCGAGAAGAAGAAAGAGAAAAAGAAGAAAGUCGCAGAACCUGUUGAGGAAUCAAAGCAACAGGUAGAAGAUGAUGAUGAAAUUUCUGGAACUGUGAAAACUGCAGCACAGAAAAAGAAAGAGAAGAAAGAACGUGAAAAAGCUAAAAAAAUGACUGAUAAACAGAAAACAUUAGGUGGUAAAAAACAAGAAUCUGUAGAUUCCGAACCAAAAGCAACGGAAGAUAAACCAGAGAAUGAUGAGCCUGCAGAGGAACUAACUUCCAAAGAUAAGAAAAAGAAAAAGGGCGCAAAAGAGGAAGAAAAGAAAGGUAAAACUGGGAAAGGUCCAGAUAAAAAAACAAUAGCUGCAAUGCAAGAAGCUUUGAAGAAGAUGAAAGAAGAAGAGGAACGAUUAAAACGCGAAGAGGAAGAACGAAUCAAACGGGAAGAGGAAGCGGAAGCAGCAAGAUUAGAACAAGAACGACUAGAGCAAGAACGUAAAGAAAAACGAAAACAAAAGGAAAAAGAGCGUAAAGAACGUAGAAAAGCUGAAGGAAAAUUAUUAACUCCAAAACAGAAGUUAGAAAGAGCUAGAGCACAGGCUUUAUUAGAAGAAAGACGAAAACAAUUACUUUUAUUACAAGGUGGCGAGGGAAUACCUGAAGAAGUAGUAGAACCUAAAAAACCGCGAUUAGGAACUCGUAUUAGGCCGAAUAAAUUGAAAAAAGAAUCAAGCCAAGAAAAAUCUGAAGAACAAGCAAAACCUGAGGAAGAUAGCGCUAAUAAAGAACCUGAAAGACAAUCAAGUCAAGAGGCUGAAGUGAAAAAAGAGGAUGAUGUUAAAGAUUCUUGGGAUGCAGAAAGUUCUGAAGAAGAGGAACCAGAAUCCAAGGAAGAGAAAGUCGAAACUAAAGUUAGCAACAAAGCCGAAACAAAGAAAGCUGAAGAAUCUGAAGAUGAAGGGUCAUCUAGUGGAUCGGAUGAGGAUAGUGAGACUGGAAGUGAUAGCGAAGAAGAAUCUGCCGAUGAACACGAAAAACAAUCUGAUGCUGAAAGAAAACGAGCAAGAGCUUUAGCUAGAAUACAGAAACGACGUGAGGAAGCCGAAAAAAAUAAAACCUUAGAGGAUCUUCGAGCUGCCGUGGUUUGUGUAUUAGGUCAUGUCGAUACGGGAAAAACAAAAAUAUUGGAUAAAUUACGUAGAACAAAUGUUCAGGAUGGUGAAGCCGGUGGUAUUACACAACAAAUAGGUGCUACGAAUGUUCCAAUUGAAAAUAUCCGAGAACAAACGAAAAUUGUCAAGGGCUUUGCUGACAAAGAAUUCAAAUUACCUGGUUUAUUAAUUAUUGACACACCUGGUCACGAAUCGUUUAGUAAUUUAAGAAAUCGAGGCUCAUCGUUAUGUGAUAUUGCGAUUUUAGUUGUGGACAUUAUGCAUGGUUUAGAACCACAAACAAUUGAAUCAAUAAAUCUAUUAAAACAAAAACGUGUACCAUUUGUUGUUGCAUUAAAUAAAAUCGAUCGAUUGUAUGAUUGGGAAACAAUGAAUCGUCGUGAUGUUCGCGAUAUACUUAAAUCACAAGCAUCUCAUACUCAAGUUGAGUUUGAGAACCGUAUGAAGGAAGUUGUAUUGCAAUUUGCUGAACAAGGAUUAAAUGCUGCAUUAUUCUAUGAGAAUCCUGAUCCAAAAACAUAUAUAUCAUUAGUUCCUACUAGUGCUAUUACCGGUGAAGGAAUGGGUAAUUUGUUAGCGUUGAUUGUUGAUAUGUGCCAAACUCAUUUAGCUAAACGUUUAAUGUAUUCAUCGGAGUUACAAGCCACGGUGUUGGAGGUUAAAGCAAUACCUGGACUUGGCACAACAAUUGAUGUGAUUUUAAUAAAUGGUAUUUUGAAAGAAGGAGAUACAAUGAUCUUGGCUGGUACCGAUGGUCCUGUUGUUACUCAGAUACGUUCAUUAUUAAUGCCACAACCUAUGCGUGAGUUACGUGUAAAGAAUGCUUACAUCGAGCACAGAGAAGUGCGUGCAGCACAGGGAGUUAAAAUUGCUGCAAAGGAAUUAGAAAAAGCAAUUGCUGGAUUAAAUCUAGUGGUUGCACAUCAUCCAGAUGAAGUCGACAUUUUAAGAGAAGAAGUUGCUCGAGAAUUUAAAUCAGCACUUAGCUCAAUCAAAUUACAAGAACGUGGUGUAUUUGUUCAAGCUUCAACGUUAGGUUCUUUGGAAGCUUUAUUGGAUUUCUUAAAAUCAAGUAAAAUUCCGUAUGCUGGUAUUCGAAUUGGUCCAGUUGUUAAAAAGGAUGUAAUGAAAGCUUCAAUUAUGUUAGAACAUGACAGCCAAUACGCAACAAUAUUAGCAUUUGAUGUAAAAAUAGAACGUGAUGCACAAGAGUUAGCUGACAGUUUAGGUGUAAAAAUUUUCCAAGCUGAUAUUAUUUAUCAUUUGUUUGAUAAAUUCACUGCAUAUCGAGAGGAGCUCAAACAACGUAAACGUGAUGAAUUUAAGAAUAUCGCCGUAUUUCCAUGUAAAUUACGUGUUUUACCACAAUUCGUGUUCAAUUCACGUGAUCCAAUUGUGUGUGGUGUUAUGGUUGAAGCUGGUAUCGUUAAGGAGGGUACACCAAUUUGUGUUCCAAGUCAAGAGUUUGUGGAUUUGGGAAUUGUAACAAGUAUAGAAAGUAAUCACAAACCAGUUGAAUCUGCACGUAAAGGACAAGAGAUUUGUAUUAAAAUUGAACCAAUCCCAGGCGAGGCACCGAAAAUGUUUGGCAGACAUUUUGAUGAAACGGAUAUGCUUGUCUCAAAGAUAUCUCGUCAAAGUAUUGAUGCAUGCAAAGAUUACUUCCGAGAUGAUCUAAUUAAAACUGAUUGGCAACUAAUGGUAGAACUAAAAAAACUGUUUCAAAUUUUGUAGUUUUUGAUUUGAUCAAAUUUUCUGGAGGAUACCGAUUUAGUUGUGCUUAAAAUAAAAAAAUAAUUCUUUUUUUUUCUUUUUUUAUUAUUUUUUCAAAAAAGUAUCCAAGCGAAAUCAAUACAAAAAUCUACCGAACAUCGUAUACAUAUAUCAUA